AAGACCUUUCCCCCCUGUCUCUCUCUUUGUCUUUGUCUGUCUGCUCUACUUGUCACCUCCUCUUCAUUUCUACGAUCAUCCACAAUCAUUAAAUUCCCUUCACACACAUCUCUCCCUUGCAAUCUUUCCUUUUGCGUGUGUGCAUGAAUUACUAUCCCACGCUUGUUUAUACCCUCUGAUAUUAAAUCUAAUACCAACCUACUCUCUUACAGAUCUUCAAUCAUGGCUGGAGAAUACCCAGAUUCCACAAAUCACACCUCCAAAUCUUCUUCCUCCACACCCUCUACUUCUUCUCCACUCUCAUCCUCAACGUAUGAUAUACCUGCUACUGCCUCAUCUUCCACAUCCUCAGUCGAUCAGUUGCCUCCGUCUUUAGUUGCUGGAGAACACAGAGCUACUCCUGCCCUUGAUUCAAAUCUAUACAAUGGCCAAGAAAGCAUGAUCUCGACUCAACCUGGUUUCGUUCUCGACGAUGAUAUGUUCUUUGAGGAUACCCACCAGCAACAGCAACAAUCUAGACACUACAGUGAUGAUGACAGUCGAUCAGCUUCUCCGUUGCCAACUAAGCCUACAGCAUCAGAGUCGUCAUUAGAAUCAGAAUCAGUAUCAACACCAGCACUACCAUCAUCAGGUACAAACUUGUCUGUAUAUGAUGGUACGCAGGCUAGAGCCUCUCUAAUAACAUCAACACCUGAGGAAACCAACAUAACACAUCGAUUCGAGCCUAGGUCGUCUUCAUCGUCGGGUCUAGUAUCACCGUCAUUUGCACCAACUACUUCCACCACGCCCCUUACAGGUUUCUUCACAGCUCCACCUCCAAUGAAUCCAAACAGCGUUCGCCCUGAUAACCACCACAUACCACCCCCAUUCUCCUUCUUCGCUACUACUGCAUUUACAUCGCAAGAUGAGGUCGCUCACCCAAAGCCUAAUACACAUAUCAAGACUCUUCGCAUAGAGUUGGCUCAAACUGAGCUUGUUCUCAUGGCGGGAAAACCAACUGUGCUAGAAGGCGUUCUAUAUGUAACUCUACAGAAGAAUACCAAAGUCAAAUCAUUGCAACUGGAAUUCUCUGGACGAUCAUCUGUGACAUGGAUCGAUGAUAACGCAUAUUCUCCAGCUACUCGACAUACGACUGCUCCACAUAUCGAACACACUUGGCCGAUCAUUUCGCCAGCCCACAAGAAGAGUUCCACUGUACUUUUGGCUGGACAGCAUGCAUACCCAUUCUCACUCGAACUACCCGACACACUUCCAGAGUCAUUAUCAACAAGUCAUGGCAAGGUCUCAUACAGACUUUUGGCAACUCUGACCAAGCCUGGAAUCACAUUCAACUCUUCCAGCGCCACGGCUACGGUACAGAUCCUGCGCCGACACGCCGCAAGUAUGCCUGCAUCACGUAUCUAUCACCGUGGAGGAAGGAUAGUGAGCUCUCCAGAAGAUAAGGUUCAAUACAAGAUCACAUUACCGCAGAUAAGAGUACCUCAUUCAACAAAGAUUCCUUUGCAGGUUUCAAUUACUUCGCCCAACAGCCGUACACACGUCACUGUCUUACAAGUAGGCUUAUGGGAGCGAGUGGUUUAUAGAGCUGAAGGGCGCAAACGAGUGGAUAUGAGGCUAGUCAAAAUACAAAAGAGUGAAGGAUGGACUUUGGAUGAUCGAGAACUUUCUACUGAGGCUGUGACAUGGAACAAAGUCCUUUUAUUUGAUAUGCCUCAGAUGGGACCAGAGAUGAAUCAGUGUAAUCCUUCCGCAGAUAUUGGGCUUAUGAAAGUGAAUCAUAUACUUAGGUUCUCUAUUCUUGGCACAGAUGGUAUUAAGAGAUUCCGCAUUGAGAAUGAGAUGGAUCUGAAGGUCUUAGCGAUGGAAGAUGAAUAUCCACCGGAGGAAGGUGCUGGGGAAAGUUUAGGUGAUCAAAUGAAUGAGCUUCCCUCUUACCUUACAUCCUUUUCAACCCCUCGAGUGUCGUUCGAUUCUGAGAGAGGAAUGGACCCUGAAGAUGACGACCUCUUUCGUGCGCUGGUGGCCAGGAUCCACUUGCCGACCUAUGCGGAGUCCGAGGAGGAUAUCAACAGCCGGAACCCUAGUCGAGACGUUAGUCGAAGUGUUAGUAGGAGUGUGAGUCAGGUGCCUAGCCGCUGCGCAAGCCCUGAAUAUCCUGUAUUAUCAUCUCAGAGUAGCGGUGGAAGCGGUAGUUCAGGGGCAUUGCAUCACACGGACGACUACGCCUCGAUCCCUCCACCGCCUCCUAUUCAUCACCCGCGUGCAAUUUCGCCCUCUGAAAGAUCAAGAUAUCUUGAUCCACACCCUCGUUUUCCUUCACACCAACUCUACCCCCCAGUGCAGAUUUAACCAACAUCAACACCAUCCGCUUUCAACUUUCUUACAAUGUAAACUAUUAAUCCACUAUUCCCUCAUGAAAGUAGCGAGCAAUUGUAUAGUAACUAAUAGCAAAUGUCGGAAUAAUAAAAUUCUAAUAGAAGAU